AUGAAGCUCGCUACCAUCCUCUCCGUCCUCCCCAUGGCCCUCGCCCUGCCCACCAGCAGCGGCCACGCCAAGCGCUCCCAGGGUGCCUUCUCCGUCAUGUCCGCCCGCUCCGCCUCCCCCAUCCACCUCCUUCCCCUGAACGCCGACGGCAGCUACUUCUACCUCGGCGGCGAGGCCUCGACCUACUGCCCCGAGACCGUCUCCAACGUCGCGCCCUGCCCCAAGGGUGACGUGACCGCUUUCGUCGGCACCGGCGCUGCCCUUGACGUCUCCGUCCCCGGCGGCCAGGCCGUCUACGUCGACUCCAACGGCGCCCUGCGCUUCACCACCCCCCACUCCGGCUACAUGGGCGAGGGUGCCUCCACCGGCCCCUUUGAGUACACGCCCGCGUCCAGCCCCAAUGGCAUUGGCAGCUGGGUGUACAAGGGCCAGGGUGCCUCUGGCUUCAUGGCCUGCCCUGCCGACGACAACAAGUGGCAGGUUUUCGCUGCGCUGCAGAACGCUACCGUUCCCCAGGGUGAUGUUAGCAAGUGCCUUGGUUUCUCUGCUAUGGCUGUGAAGGCUCAGCAGAACGCUACUGCUGCUUGGGAGUAUAUCUAA